CCUCCACAUUUUUUUACUGUGGAAGUACACUUAUUUUCUAAGAAGAGGAAUACCUACGAUCAAGGGAAUAAUUCCGGGAUUAGGUCACAUACUACCCGUGAUCACUAUUCAAAAGGAUAUGGCAACUUUGUGCGAAAAAUUCUACAACGAAACAAAAGAGUACAGUAUGUGUGGAUUCUAUCAUUUCUGCUCGCCUGUAAUUCUAAUUCGUGAACCAGAAAUUAUCAAGAAUGUCCUUUCGACGAAUUUCUCCUCAUUCAGUAAAAAUCCAAUUGAACUCAGUUGUCCCGAAAAGGACGGACUUUUGAGAAGACAUCCUUUCUUUCAAAAAGGCGACGAGUGGAAAAAAGGACGUGCUAGAAUGGGAAAUUGUUUAUCGAGUUUGAAAAUAAAAUCGAUCCUACCUCUUGUACGAACGUGUGUUUUGAAACUGAAUACCAACUUGAAGGAACAAUCGAAAACGAAAGGAACAUUCGACUUGAAUAUUAAAGAACUGUUGAAUAAAUUUACAGGCGAAGUGUCGUCGAAUUUAGUCGGAAUCGAAGAUGGGAAUUUUCAGGAAGAUAAAGAUAGUGUUGAGAAUUAUAAUAAAGUAAUUGGAAAACUUUUCGAAACACCAUCACUUGCUGCAGGACUCCAACAAAUGAUGUUAUUCUACGCUCCCGCAUUCGCGAAAUUGAUGAAAUUCGGAUUUACACCCAAAGAAGUUGAUCACUAUUUUCGUCAAAUUGCUACGAAGAUCAUCAAAAAACGAAAGGAGGAAAAAUUAGUUCACAACGAUUUCCUCCAAAUUGUUAUGGAUUACGAACAAAUUCACUCUAUUACUGAAAAUGAAGAAUUACUCGCAGCAUCCCAUAUGUUAUCGUUCGCUUUCGAUCUCUAUGAACUCAUAGCAAUUACAAUCAGUCAUCUACUCAACGAUUUGGCCCAUCGACCAGAAAUUCAGAACAAAGUGCGUGAAGAAAUUACCGCAGUACUCGACAAGUACAACGGUGAAUUGACCUUAGAUGCUAUUAAGGAGAUGACAUUUUUCGACAAAGUCCUCAAUGAAUCACAAAGAAUGAACCAUAUUUUAGGAGUCUUCUUUAAAAUUUGCACCAAACGGACAAAACUUGAAGGAAAGGAUGGUUUAUUGUGUGUUGUUGAACCAGGACAAAUGGUCGCUAUUUCUGCCUAUGGUCUUCAAAUGGAUCCGAAAUAUUGGAAGGAUCCGGAAAUAUUUGAUCCGGAGAGAUUCGAUCAUGAUGAGAAGAAGAAUAAUGGAGAGAAGUUUGCUUUUCUUCCGUUUGGCGAGGGACCGAGAAUGUGUAUUGGAAUGAGGUUGUCCUUAAUUUUGAUGAAACUGUCAGUUUCUGGUAUUUUGAGGGAUUUUUCUGUUCAACCUUCUUCGAAAAUGAUUGUUCCAAUGAGAAGGGAUGAAACGAAUUUUCUGAAUUUUCCGAAAGGUGGGUUUUGGGUGAAGAUCCUGCCUUUGAAAACUAGUGCUUUGUCUACUAGUGAGUCAGCAGCAGUAGGAGUAGUAGUCUAAGUAUAGUAGCAUAGACUACUACUUCUACUACUGCUCCUACUACUUCCACUAUUUUACUAAAUAAUUUGCAAAUUUGUAUUUUUAUACUUGCAGCAAGCUUGCUCUGCAAGUUUCGCAAGUUUGAUGCAAUCCGGCGUGGAAAUGGAAGUAUGGGUAAAAAAUGGCAAACUAUGGUAGACAAUAGAUCCUUUAACCCUUUAACGCCCAAAUGUACAAAAUUUUGACAUGAAGUUUGAGGACUUAUUUCGUUAC